AUGGGUUCGGUUGAGGAGGCUAAUGGGGGUUUUUCGGACGGGGUAUACCCUAGCGUGGUGACUUACAAUGCUUUGAUAAAUGGUUACUGCAAAGGUGGAAGGAUCGUUCCGGCUUUUGAAGUGCUUGCCGUGAUGGAGAAGAAGGGUUGUAGACCUAAUGUGACGACUUUUAAUGAGCUUAUAGAAGGGUUUUUGAAUGUGGCGUACAAGCUUCUUGGUUCCAUGAGUUCUUUUGACCUUGAGCCUGAUUGUGUAACGUUCACUGCUAUGAUUGAUGGUUUGUGCAAACGAGGGAAUGUUGAUGUAGCGAAUGCGUUCUUGGUUUUGAUGACAUUGGGUAAGAUGAGACUAUUGACAACUCCUCACUCACUGAACGUGUUUCUCGAUGUGCUGAGUAAAAGCUAUAAAGUGAAAGAAGAGUUAGCGAUGCUUGGGAAGAUUAAUAAGCUUGGUUUAGUUCCUUCUGUGGUGACUUACACAACACUAGUCGACCGGUUGGUUCCGUCAGGUGAUGUCAGCGGUUCAUUGAGGAUGCUAGAAGCGAUGAAGUUGAGUGGUUGUUUGAAGAAGGAAGGAGAGACCGAGCAGGCACGUGAGCUGGUGAUGGAGCUUCUAAGCUCAAAUGAGGUUGUAGAGAAGAAUAGAAUGUUGGAUUAUGUUAAGGGUCUUAUGGAAGGGGAAAAAGCUGGUGACUGCGGUGAAGUUAUUGAUAUGAUUGAUCAAUUGCAUUGCAAAGAAAGACCCAUCUUCUAA